AUGAAGGCUGCCAUGGCUUUAAUGAAUGGUCAGGACCUAACAGCAGAUGGAACCUGCUCUGGACAAGCGGUAGUACAAGCCAUUAUUGGGGAAACCGAGUCUUCACCUACUAUAGUACUCACAAAAACUACAGGACCGUUCAAGAUCCCAGUGGUCAUUGAUUAUCUGAAAAAGGUGAAUUUUACCACUAAAUCAGGAGACCGUGUGUGGUUUGAUAGCACUGGGGCAACAGCUGCAAGUUAUGAAGUGGUGAACUGGCAGCGAGGACCUGAUGGAGGGGUGCAGUUUAAGGUAGUGGGCUAUUAUGAUGCCUCUCUGCCCCCUGGACAGCAGUUUGUCCUACAUGAAAGUGACAUAGUCUGGGCUGGAGGAAAAGCUGAGAAGCCCAGGUCUGUGUGCAGUGAGAGCUGUCCUCCAGGCACCAGGAAAGCUGGACAGAAAGGAAGGCCGAUCUGCUGUUUCGACUGUAUACCAUGCGCUGAAGGAGAGAUCAGUAAUGACACAGAUUCAAAUGACUGUGAGCAGUGUCCAGGAGAAUACUGGUCAAAUGCAGAGAGAGAUAAAUGUGUGUUAAAGGAAAUAGAAUAUCUGUCAUUUACGGAGGUGAUGGGAAUAGUACUGUUAUGUUUUUCUUUGUUCGGAGCAGCAUUAUCUGUCUUGGUAUCAAUUCUGUUUCUCAUUAAAAAGGACACUCCUAUUGUCAGGGCCAACAACUCUGAGCUGAGCUUCCUGCUGCUCUUCUCUCUGACUCUGUGUUUCCUCUGUUCACUUACUUUCAUCGGUCGACCCUCGGAGUGGUCCUGCAUGCUGCGCCACACAGCGUUCGGGAUCACCUUCGUCCUCUGCAUCUCCUGUGUUCUGGGUAAAACAAUAGUGGUGUUGAUGGCGUUCAGAGCGACACUUCCGGGCAGUAACAUCAUGAAAUGGUUUGGGCCUCCACAGCAGAGACUCAGUGUUCUUGCUUUUACUUUAAUUCAGGUCAUUAUUUGUGUUCUUUGGUUAAUAAUUUCACCUCCUUUUCCCAUCAAGAACAUGAGCUACUUCAAGGAAAGAAUCAUACUGGAAUGUAGUUUAGGAUCAGCUGUGGGUUUCUGGGCUGUUCUGGGUUAUAUCGGGAUUUUGGCUCUUCUGUGUUUUGUUUUGGCUUUUCUGGCUAGAAAACUUCCUGAUAAUUUUAAUGAAGCUAAAUUUAUUACAUUCAGCAUUCUCAUAUUCUGUGCAGUUUGGAUCACUUUUAUUCCAGCGUAUGUCAGUUCACCUGGUAAAUUUACUGUAGCUGUGGAGAUUUUUGCUAUUCUGGCCUCAAGUUUUGGUUUGCUGUUCUGUAUAUUUACACCUAAAUGCUAUAUUAUCCUGUUUAAACCUGAACUCAAUACAAAGAAAAAUGUGAUGGGAAAAACUGCUGCAAAAUCACUGUAA